AUGACCUAUAAGAUGGAAGAGGAGUACGACAUGGAAGACGAACACACUCACGAUUUGACAGCCGUGGAUAAUUCAGCAGAGAACUCAGCUGCGGAAGAUUCUAACUCUAAAAGAAGCAAAUCCGUUGAAAGUUAUACGGAUGACUAUGAUAGUACAGAUUCGAAUGCUACUAAAACAAACACCAAUAACACUAAUGAAAAGACAGCUUCGAGUUCAACUUCACAGGAUGUCGAUAUGGUUUCUGCUGCUGAGGCCUUAACACAGCUCACAAGACAAUCCACUGCUAGUCCACCUGCUAGUCCAUUUCCAAGUGUUACUGGGGACAAUAUGAUAGUGUUGACACUGCCCUCACAACAACAUCCUUUAGUUAAAACUGUCAACCAAGUAACACGACACCCUAUUGUUACUAAUGCCGUCAAGUAUUACGAAGAGCUGAAACGGAACUUUGCAAGUUUUAAUUAUGCAGCUGGUUUCAUUGAAAAGGCUGCAAUCCCUAUGGUCAGUAAGAUAGAAGAUGAGUUAAAUGAGCGCCAUAGAAUCAAAAUGGAAUCUAAGAAGAAGAGAAGUUUACUGGAGGCAACAUUGGAUGAGAAGGAAUCUCUUAAUAGUAAAUAUGAUGGGUUUAGUGAUGAUGAGCGGGGAUUAACACCUCAAUUAUCAGUCACAUCUUCCACACUGCAGAAUGUUGCAUAUGACACGAAGAAACGAUUACAAUUCUGUGUUCAUAUAUUGAGAUUAGCAACAGAACAUAUCAGUUCCAAAGUUAAUCUUUUACAACAGAAGGUAAUUGAGAAGGAAAAGGAAAUUAAAGAGCAACGCGAAGUACAAGAUUCAACUGUUCAACAACAGGAAACAAAGAAAGAAAUCAUCACAACUGUAAGGAAAGUUUUCCGAUUGAUUUCAAACUUUAGACCUUCUCUGUUGACUACAGCGCCAACUGUUCCUUCUACAUCUGUACCAUCACCAACUUCAACUCCUGGACCAGUGCAUAGUACGCUUUCACCCAUUUCUCCCUCUGAUGAUCCUCGUUUGGAAUCUACCCCUGCCACACCUCAAGCUUUGAGUGAUCCUCAAUAUGCUAUGGGAGAAUUAAAGGAAUCUAUAAGAAACAUUGUAUUGAGUCUUCCAAGGGCUAUCCAACAUGCUAACAGCACUCAACAGGCCAAUGAUCGCAUUUUAGUUGUUGCCAAAGAGUCAUUAGAAAUGAUCGCAAGAUUAUCUAAAGUUUUCAACGAACAACUUGCAAAAGCUGAAGAUUGGGUUACGGGUGAAGAACAACAUCUUGAAAACAAGGAACACAUGCUCCAAGCCGAGGCAUUGGAGACUGUUGAAGAGAGUGGGAACGAAGAAAGACGUCUUAAGAGAUCCAAAUUGGAUUUGAAUGAAGUUUAA